UGAUUAUGUAGUACGGAGUGUCUGACUUAAAAAGUACAACUUAAAAUGGCUACUGCCGACUGGAACCCCCUGGGUGAAGUAUAUUACAGGUCGAUAUAUAAUUAACAAACUCAUUGCUCGGACAAAUUAUCUGAUUGAGGAAUAGAAAAAAAGUUAAAAAUUGAAUAAAUAUUAUUUAAAACAUUUUUUUGGAUGGAAAAUAUACUUAGUUUACAAAAUACAAAAGGAAAAAGGCGACGCCCACUUUUAAUUUAAUUUUAAUAUAAAAUAAAAAAUAUGCCUAGUCUGUGCCAUGGAUUGUCUUGCAUGCACCAUCACUUACUAGUUAGGGUUAGCCCAGGGCCCUAGCAUUACUUUCAUAAUUAAUUGUUGCAGUUGACUUGACUUAAAUGAGCCUCAGUGUUGAUGUGUAUAGUACCGGUAUAUUAUUCAAUAUUGUAGACAUAGUACUAGUACUAGUACAACUACGACUACAGUAGAUUACAGUUACAGUGUCUACAAUUUGUAAUACUUUACUACUACUAGUAUUAAUACUACCAGGAGAUAGUAAUAUUUUUUGGAUAUAACCAUGGCACAUGGAAUGGCUCAAUGAAUCAUUUUUUUCUCAUUAGACAUAAGAUAUUUAACUUCUGUUUUUAAAAAUUAAAAACUAAAUCUUCCUACAUUUAAAAAUGUUAAAUACGGGUUGGCACAGAAUAUAGGAAAAUUCUGCAACCCCCCCCCCCCCCUCUUCAAUAAAUUUGAUCAAUUUUUAAGGAUACCAUUUAUCACGAUUAUAACGUUUUUGCAAGGUUUCACUGGAUGUAGAAUAUUUGUUUACAGAAAGAUAUUUAACUUUUGUUUUUAAAAAUUAAAAACUAAAUCUUCCUACAUUUAAAAAUGUUAAAUACGGGUUGGCACAAAAAAUAGGAAAAUUCUGCAACCCCCCCCCCCCCUCUUCAAUAAAUUUGAUCAAUUUUUAAGGAUACCAUUUAUCACGAUUAUAACGUUUUUGCAAGGUUUCACUGGAUGUAGAAUAUUUGUUUACAGAAAAUGUGACUUCUAUACCAUGGAAUGGGCUGGAGUGGUGGACAUAUCCAAACACAUUGUUGCAGUAUCAACAUACGGUGGCCCCAUAGGUAGACGUUGUCUGUUUGACUUAUAAUCCUUUUUCGGAAAUAAAGUUGUUGUUAGCUUGAAUUGAUUUGUGUAGGAUAAUUUCUUUGAAAUAAACUGUUAUUAAUUAUUCCUGUUAUUCAUUAUAAAUGAUGAUGUUUGUUUGCAGCCCUUAUGAAAGAUGAGAGUAAGACAGGAAGGGUGGUCACAAACUUAAAGCCAGUUAUAGGAAUAUACACUGCUGCUGGGAAAGUGCAGAGUCAAAUCAGGGUACAGUAAUGUUAAUUUUAAAAAAAAUUUAAACAAACGUUUUUCUCUGAUUUUAAAAAAGUCAAAUUAAUCAAAUUUUGUUUAGACACAUGAAAAUCCACUGAAAGUGACAUCAUGCUGAAAAUUUAUGAACUUUCUUCUUAAACGUCAAUGCUAAUAGUCUUAAGAUAAAGUAUAUGAAGACUUAAUUUAAGAUAAGACAAGAUUUUCCUUUAUUGAUACAAAUUGUAACAGACCAUGUUUGCACACGAAACCAUUGAGUCAGAGAGGUGGCAUAAUUUGAAUAUUGAACUAUGCUGACGUAUAUUUUUCACGGGGAAAGAGAGUAAAUUAUGUUUUUGAAAAGCGGAAUUGAGCCACACGCUUUGUUGAGUGAUCAGGGGCAGUACAUCGAAUGUCGUAGUUAAGUGAGGACGUGGUUGUUUUACUGAGAGGUGAAUUUUCUAUACCAUGGAAUAUUAUAGAUAUAUACAUAUGUGAAAUAAUUGCAUUGUGGAUGUUAUUAACUGGAUAUUUAUGCAAGGAUUCUUCUUAAUAUUAUUAUUGUAAAAGAUAACGUUAUAAAGUACUGUGAGUUUAAUUGGAAAUUAAUAUACUUCUUUGUGUGACAGGCUAAGUGAGUGAAGGAAUGGAAGAAGUAUUACUCUACUCAAGCCGGCAUCCUGAAUCAUCAAUAUAAAAGCAGUUAACCAUGCUACUGACACAACACCCUAAUAAAUAGCAUGUCAGAGCCAUGUGUUACACAAAUAUUUUGACAUUUUAUGUGAUUACGCUUUACUGGUUCAUUGAGUAAAAAACAUACAGUAGCAACAAUCUGAUUUAGCUUAACAGCUUUAAAAUUAAUUUAUUUUAUAAAAGAAAAUUGUAAUAUAAUAUUUUGAAAACACACCAAAAAAAAAAAAAAGCCCACGCAAUUACUGAUACUUUACAAAAGUUUUUUAAAUUUUAGAAUUAAAAGUUAUAUCUAUAUCAUCUAUCUAUCUAUCUAUAUUAUAUUUGUGAACUAUAACAGUCAGACAAAUGAUGUUAAUUUUUCUUAUCUGUGUUUCUAACAGUGGAACAGUGGCAAUGUGGUGACUAUUGGUUGGUCCAGUACUGAAGAGCUGCUGUGCAUACAAGAGGAUGGAGUCGUGCUUGUCUAUGAUAUGUUCCUUACAUUCCAACGCACAUUUGGGAUGGGACAGGUAACACUUAUAUUAUGUGCUCUUUUUUAAAUUUGAUAUUUAAAAUGUUCCACCCUAAAAAAAAAAAGACCCUUUUCUUUUUCUCCAUAGAAAAGUCACCCCCUCUUUGUCCUCCCAAUGAAGUCACUCUUUCUUUGUAGUCCUAUAAAAGUCAACCUUUGUAUGUUGUCCCAGAAAAUUCACCCUUUCUCUGUCUUCAUUCAAAAAACCUGAAAUAUUUAGAUUAAAAGUAGUCUAACUUUUUAUUUUAUUAUUUUUUAUUUAUAUUUUGCUUUAAGAAAUUUUUUUCAUUGUUGACAUAAUGUUUAAAAUACUGGUCAUAACUUUUGCUCUAAAGGGGGUAUUCAAUGGUGCCUUGUGUCUGGCUUACAUUUUGUGAUGGACUCAAUGUUUAGAUCAGUCCUCUCCAUUUAGUGUGUCCAUCUUAGUGUCAGAUUGAUCCACCCCUUCUCUUUGUGUUUGCAGGAGGCCAAAGAUGUCAAGAUCCUUUCUGCAAAAAUAUUCCCCACAGUUCAAGGUUCAGGAAUCGCUGUGAUGACAACUUCCUUCAGAAUUUUUCUGAUCAGUAAUGUUGACAGUCCAAGAAUAGUACGGCUUGCAGAAGUCCCAGGUAACUGCUGUCUUGCCAUUGAAGUUAUUUAAAAUCUGCACAUUCAAAAGUAACUAAGUGUUUUCAGAUUGUUAACCCCUUUUGAAGAGUUGCUUCUUGCUAUUUAGUUAUUCCAAAUACACCAAUUAAACCCAUAUUUUUGUUGUCAGCCGACGUUAAAGGAAAUCACUUUUUAUGAAAUUCUAAGAUGAGACUGGAAUAAUCAGCUCAGGAUUAUUCUCACAUCAGAACCUGUUUCAUUGAGAAUGUCUCAAUAACUUAAGGAUUGGUCAGUAACUUCUUUUUUUUUUGGUACACACUUAGAUGAUUUUAAAAAUACACUGUGCAACUUUGUUAAAGAGGAUGUUACUUUUUUAGGGCUCAACGAAGCUCCCAGCUGUUGGGCCAUUGUUGUUACAGAUCGCCAGGUCAGGGCACUGGUCGCCAAGGGGGAAGAGCUCUUUCUUGUUGACCAAGGAGGACAGUACCAGCAACAGGUAGGUACUAAUUAAUUAAUUGAAGAAACUACCAAACGGGAGGGAAUCUGGUUAACUCAAAGUAGGUUAAACUAGAUCUUUAGUUUUCAAAGUAUUAUUUCUUGACAUUAUAAACAGAGUUUGCAAAAAAAAAAAUCCUGGUGAAUUAUAUCAAAUUUUGUCGUCCUUAAACACAAGUUUGCUCUGCUUAUCUCUUGCAUUGCAAUUAGGGCUACUGAAAAAUGGUUAAUGAAUUCCAAAAUAGAAAAGAAAAACAUGACAAAAUAUUGACUUGCAUUUUUGUUUUCCUUUUUUUUUUUUUUUGCUGGUCUGAUAAGUCCAUGUUUUUUUUUUUACAUUUAAUUUUUUUUUAUUUUUAGAGGAAAGAAAUAAAAAUAGAAAAAAAUAAAAAAGCUUUUGCUCAACAAAAGUCUAUUACAUACAUUUUUUAUGGUUAAUGAAUUCCAAAAUAGAAAAGAAAAACAUGACAAAAUAUUGACUUGCAUUUUUGUUUUCCUUUUUUUUUUUUUUUGCUGGUCUGAUAAGUCCAUGUUUUUUUUUUUACAUUUAAUUUAUUUUUAUAUUUAGAGGAAAGAAAUAAAAAUAGAAAAAAAUAAAAAAGCUUUUGCUCAACAAAAGUCUAUUACAUACAUUUUUUUUUUACUGCUGUUUCUUAUAAAAUUUAAUUUUUUGACAUUUGUCACAGUUUAUCACUUUUUAGAAUGUUUUUUAAAUGGAUUCAUCACUGGUUUCUCUCCUACACAAUAUGUGUAGGACCUCCAACCAAAAAACUUGUUAUACAAAUACAAGCUAUUUUGAGACUUGUGAUAGGCCUGAUAUUAACGGACACAAAAUAAAAGAUCUAAAAUUAUAUAACAAAGAAAAAGAUUUUAAAAUACUUAUACAACUUAUACAUGUAGUUACCAUAGAUUUACUCUACUCUUCAUUAUUCACAAAAUUUGAAAUCCCCUAAAUUUUUCAGCAACCCGAUUUAGAUGAAAAUUCAGGUCCAAUCACUCUGAUGGCGGUAUCAUUCAAUAGCAAGUACAUGGCCCUUUUCACACAGCAAGGCUUCAUCUGGAUUGGCACGGCAGAUUUACAGGUAAGUAAAAUAAAAAUAUGAAAAAAUGAAAGGGUGUGACCUAAAAUUGGAAAUAACAUUCAGUGGGAAAUAGCCAAUUGUUGAUUGGAGCUUAAUGUAUCCAUUCAUUUUUAUACAAGAAAUGUUGUUGAGGGUAAGGGGGGGGGGUGGUGUAAGGUGUUUUUUCUUUUAAAAAAAAUAUAAAAGUCUGACUUAUUCAUAUGUAGACAUUACAAGUCAUUUUUAUUUAAAUUUGUUUAAAAAUAUGCGUACAAUCAAAUCUUUAAACUAAAAGCCUGACCUAUUCAAAAGUUUAUGUAACUCUUACCAGUCAUUACUAAACCGAUUUGUGAGCUUGAAUAUUUCCACUCUUGCAGAAGAAGUACUGUGAGUUCAACACCAAGUCAACUAAACUGCCUGACCAACUUGUUUGGUGAGCAGCCUUCUGUUUGUCAGGCAAAUAUUUACCAACAUGGAAAUCUUUGUUUAAUUGUUGGAGGAUAGUUUAAAUAAAAUUUGUCGUACUGGGAAUAUUAGGACUUGUAAGUGCAGGCACAGAACCACUGGUAAAUAUUUUUUCGUACACUUUUUCAGGUGUGGGAAUGGAGCUGUUGUUGGACUGUGGGACAAACUGCUGCUUGUCAUUGGUCCUGAUAAAGACUGGAUCAGGUAACUAAGAUCAUGUGGUCUUUUAUUUUGUAUGGCCGUCAUAAGGAAAGUUGGUAGAGUUAACGGACAUGCUACAUUUCAUGAACUUUUGUGGAAGAAAAUCAAAACAACCACAGAUUUGAUAUCAGUAAAAAGCUCUUUGUUAUUCCAUCAAAUUAUUCUACAUUAUAUUUUUUUUGCAUUAGUUAAUGUACGCAAUUGUUGCAUAAUAUACUAGAAAUCUACACAUAGAUUUGUCCUUUUACCUGCUGUUAUUUGGAUCUAUGCUAUGUCAUGAAAAGAAUGACAUAAAUUAUUGUUGGCUGCUGGAGAUCGUCAACUUGAAAAGACUUUGGGUAAAAUUGCUCUAAUCAUACAUUUAUUGUAAAGAAGUAAAUACAAUGUUCAUAUUGAAUGUUUCACAAUUUAUGUGAAAUAACAUGUGAAACAGCAUAAUGGUAAACUCCUAAGUCUCAUAUUGAAAUGGCUUCUUUGACAGAUAUAACAUGGAUACGCCUGUGCAUUUAGUGCAAGAAGAAGAUGGGCUCCGCAUUAUUGGAAAUGAGACACAUGAGUUCUUGCAAAAGGUGCCCAGUAAGUGGAAUUUAUUAAUUGAAAAUAUCACUAUAGCAAUAAGUGGAAUUUAUUAAUUUAUUAAAAUUAACUUAUUGUCCAGUAAGUGAACUUAAUUUUUUUUAAAACACUCUUUGGAUAAAGUGUUUCACCCAUCACAAUCCGAUCAGUGCAUAAUGUCAGCUUUCUGAGAUAAAAGAAAAACACUUUACAGAGACAAAAGUGUUUUUUUUUAAAAUGUUAUCCAGCGAUGUACAAUUACAAACUAUACACUGUAGUGUUUUCCUUUUGAACUUGCCAGCUUAAAUCUGAUUAAGCUUGUAGCUUGCAGUUGGUGUGGUGGGGAAACUUAUUUCCUGCUGCAUAUGACAGACAGGAUUGGAUUCCUGGCCCAUUCAACUUAUUUUCCCCUUAUUUUUUGUUUUUCUGUUUGAGUUUUUGUAUUUUUCUCUUAAAAGCUAUUUAAUUUUACAGACGGUUCUAUCUUGCUUAUAUUAUUUAAUGUGACUUAUUUUUGUCACACCUCAGCAAUGACAGAAGACAUUUUCAAAAUCGGCUCCUUAAAGCCAGGUGCAAUAUUGUAUGAGGCCAGUAAGGAGUUUCAGGUAUGUCCAUUCGUUCUAUAAGGUUAAACAAAAACAAAAAACUAUUGAGAUAUUCUUAAACAGUAUGCAUUCUUUCUCCAUAAAGAAUACUCAUGUGUUACACAUUAAAACAAUCCUUUUUUUUUCGAGACUAUACAUUUUUCCCAACAGUGAGAACAAAACAACUUAUCUGGACAAGCUUGAUCUAGCAUGCUGUUUGAAUACCUUAUUUUACGGACUAUGAGACGCUACAGACUAUAAGAUGCAACUUAAUUUUUAAGCAAUUUUUUUCAAAAAUAAAGUUUUUACCAUUUUUAUUAUUAGAUUGCAAAGCCAGACUAAAAAAAAUUCUUAGUUUAUAAAACGUAACUGACCUUUAAAAUCCCUGAAAAUCAUCAUCUGAACUUUUGUACUGUUACCGAUAAAACAAAUCACUUUGAAUUAAAGUUCACUGGCACUGUAGACUGGAAUGACUGAUCAUAGGCUAGACAGUGUUCUGGGUUUGUGAUGGCGAGGCGGGAGGGAGACAGUGUUAGCAAGCUUGUGAAUCCCAGCAACUCAUGCUCAUCGCACUGGUGCACUGCUGCUGCCAGUUGAAUCCAAUGUUGCCUGAUACACGUCAAAUACAUUGCCAUUUUUAAGACUGGUAAAAAAAAAAAGUAUGUCUUAUAGUCCGUAAAAUACGGUAUAUAUUCACUCUGCAAAAAUAUGUGCACAGUAACAAACAAAAAAAAAAAAACAACAAAAAAACUCAAUGUUUAGAUUUUUAGAUACAUUUUUAAGACUUGUAAAAAAAAAAAGUAUGUCUUAUAGUCCGUAAAAUACGGUAUAUAUUCACUCUGCAAAAAUAUGUGCACAGUAACAAACAAAAAAAAAAAAACAACAAAAAAACUCAAUGUUUAGAUUUUUAGAUGAGGAAGAAAAUUGAUCUGACGUUUGAGCUGUGAAAGGAAAUGUUUGGUAUCUCUGUGUACAUAUGUGCGGUUGCUCCUUUACACAAAUCUUUUUGUUUUGCGCAAGUUUCCAGACCGUUAUUUGUUUUAGGAUGCGUUUAAUUUCAAGCUGCGAGUGUCCUUUUACUUUAAAAGUUACUAACACUAUAAGUUUAAUAGCAUUGUGUGGUAACACCUUCUUACCCCAUCAACAAAGUAACCCUCGUCUUAUUGCUCUUUUGAUUUUUGUUGCACUGUCUCAGAACGGCAAUCAGAAAGCUGAUGAGUACAUCCGCAUGAUCAAGGAGAAGCUUGAUGAGGCGGUCAACCAAUGCAUCCUGGCCGCUGGUCAUGAGAUUGAGCCAUCCAAACAGAGAAUGUUGCUUCGUGUAAGUCUGACAAAUGUAUUUGGUCAUAAAAGUUUCAAGAGUCGAAGGAAGUUAUACUAUCAGAAAUUUUACAAGUGAAAUCUUUUAAAUGUUAAUUGAUUCCACCAAGGUAGUCAAGCAAAGUCAAAUUCAAUAAUCUCAUAAGAGAUAUUUGAUUUUUUUAAAAUUUGAAGGAUACUAAUGCACGUAAAGUGUGCUUUAAUCACAUCUGUAUAAAUCUAUAUUAAAGUGGUAAAAAAGCCCAACCUAACGGUAAAUUUGUAGAAAAUAACACUGUAUCAAAAUUUCUAAUAUUAUCUUUGUGAAUGUAGGUCUAUUAAUCAAAGUAGUGAAAAGAUCUAUAGGUUUUCCAUUGUCUCAGCCUCAUUUGGAAAAUAAAAAUUGUAUUUAUUUUAUUUGACACAUUUUACUUGAAAUACUUUACAGAACCAAGGGUGGAUUUGUUCUUUGUUCAAGAUUUCAAGGCUGUGUCUAAUGUUUGUCAGUAUUUGUUAUUAAUUUUGACAAGAGUUCACUCUGGUGUCUAACAGAUGUUAUUUCCUCUGCAGGCUGCGUCAUUUGGGAAAUGUUUCCUCACAGACUACAGGCCCGAGGCUUUUGUCAACAUGUGUCAGAUGCUGCGGGUGUUGAACCAAGUACGGCAUCACACCGUGGCCAUUCCCUUAACAUAUACACAGUAUCCUUUCACAAGAGAUGCUGAAACUGUUCUAGUUCAACACCCUGGGGGUGUUAUUUGACGGGAAGAGACACACACUCACAAAAACAAAAAACAGGGAUCGUAUUUAUGUGAUGUUUAAGACUCCUUUAAACAUCCGUGAUUGCCUCAAUCUAUGUUAACCUGGUAAAUAGAAGUCACUCAGAUUCAUUGACUUGUAGGAAAUUUGUGCUCUGGAAAUCAAAGGUAAAAAUGUACAUGAAUUGGAACAAAAUGCUAUUAUAAUGAGUUGUGUCCCCUGAGGUUAAUUUAAAACAUGGCCUAGAUCUGUAACUUGACAUUUUGUCAUUUUCAUUUAUUUCACAAAUUCAUUAUCAAAGGGGAUCAGAAUAGCUUUUGGCUUGUUUUUUGUGGUUGACUUUUGCGCAAAUUUGUACAGUUAAUAAAUUUAAGGCACCAAACCAUAGACAAUAUCGGAGCAGCUCAUCACCAUGCUGACAAACACACACCACACAAUGUUUCUCAAUAGUAUCUAAUUAUUGUGUUAGUCAAUCUAAAAGUGCUAUUAAAUCUGACAUUUUUCCAUGGAAUUGGCUAUUCGGACCCGGGUUCUGCGAAAUGAGAGGUUGGGAUUAAAAUUUAAAGUAAAAUAUUAUUGUUAGGUUGUAAGGAAUGGACUUUAUGUUUUUAAACUUAUUGCUUCAGUUUAACUAAAAUAAACCCUACAAUAAUUUGUAAAAAAUUUUUAAUAAACCCAAACUCUUAACGGGUCCGAAUAGCCGCAUCCUUUUUCCAUACUUUUGAUUGAUCUCUGUUUUUAAAAUAUGUAUGUAGGUUAAACUUCAAGUUCUUUCCUUAAGUACAUUUAGACUGGAGCACCUGUCCAUGCCUGUUCUGAUUGACAGGCUGGUAUUGCGCAAGUUAUUUGGGCUGGCAGUGAAAAUUUGCCAGUACCUGAAGGUACCAGAUAAUGAAGGCAGGAGUCGAAUCAUGGCCCACUGGGCCUCAUUUAAGGUAGGAUGGGACGACAAAGGAAUGUGAACAAAUCACUUUUGUACAGAUUCCAUAUCUUUAUUCUCUAGCACUCCAUAUCAUGACUUUACUCUUUAGCGAUGUGUACCGUAAUUUUACUCUCUAGCACUGUAUCAUCCUGGGCUAUAUCUGGCCAAAAUAGCCAAGUUAAUAAAGUUAAUUUAUGGAAUAUGCAUUUGAGCAUUAAAAGAAAAAAAACAUGAACUGCUGCUCCAUCUAAAUCCAAAAUGUCAGUGAGAUAAACACCAUUGAUGUUACGGUACUGGAACCAAGCCACAAUGAUUAAAUUAUAAUAAAGCUAAUAGGGAGCCAUUUUUUUUUAAAAAUCAUUUCAAAAGAUGUUUUUGAUUCUGUAUCACAAUAUUCUAUCACCUUUAAGAUGUAAUUUUAAAAUUCCAAACAAACAAAACUUUAUUAAAAAGUUAAUUUCCAUCGAUAACAGCACGCAACUAAUUUUGAGCAGUUGUCAUCUGUGAGCUAAAUUUAUAAUUAAAACAAUUUCUGAAAAUGUAUUAAGCAUUUUAUUUUAAACAGAUUUGGUUGUCAUUUAAGAUUGUAAAUAAAGGGAGACCAUUCCUCUUGUUGUGAAUUUCCCUUGUUGGCGGUUGGUCAAUUCUAUAGAUAAAUUGAACAGGUCCAGCAGCGUGAAGAUGAGGAGAAACUUGCCAGAGCCAUUUCUCAAAAACUAUUGGAUGUUCCGGGCGUGUCCUUCUCAGAGAUUGCAGGUGUGGCACUGAAGCAGGGCAAAAAACAGCUGGCGAUCAAGGUGAGAUCAGCUUGAAAGGCCUUAGAAGUUAGGUCACAAUUUGAAGCGUUUCAUCAUUUUACAAGUAUUUUAAUUUAGAAAUGUUUGGUUUGUCUCGAGUUUUUGUAGUAUUGAAAAUUUUAAUUUAUUAACAUUGUAAGGAAAGUAUAGCCAGUUCCACAGAAGCGGGUGCCUGAAACUACACACUCCUUUUUAAAAAAUUUCAUUGUUUAUUGGAAAUAAUUUGGAAUUGCUGAAGAUCAAUUUUUCUCAUCAUCUGCUCUAUGUAGAUCAUUUCCUAAUUAUUAUUAUUUUUAUUUAUUCUCCAGCUGUUGGAUUAUGAAGCCAGAGCAUCUGAACAAGUUCCACUGUUGUUGGAGAUAGGCCAGGAUCAGGCAGCCCUGACCAAAGCUAUAGACAGUGGAGAUACGGACCUUGGUAAGUUUUUCUCCUCACUGACCUGAAUAUCACUACUGUUCAUGGCAAGAACACCUACGUAUCCUGGCUAGCCUUAAGUCUUUGACCGAAGUAGACAGGUCAUCAAAGUGUGUCUUGACCAAAGUAGACAGGUCAUCAAAGUGUGUCUUUGACCAAAGUAGACAGGUCAUCAAAGUGUGUCUUUGACCAAAGUAGACAGGUCAUCAAAGUGUGUCUUUGACCAAAGUAGACAGGUCAUCAAAGUAUGUCAAUGACCUCUGACUGAAGGCUUAGGCCUAUUUUCAGUUCAGUUUCCUUCAAACAUUAAGAAUUUUUUUUUUAAAUGAAUUAUUUUACAAAGUAUCCAAAAAAUAAAUAUUUUUUUACAAAGGAAAAUCAAUCAUUUCUGCAAAUUUACAAAUCUGAGCUGGGUAAAUAUGGAUCGGUCGGUCCAGAUUUGAUAUCAGAGCUCAUCAUCAAUUUUGAAAUGUUAUUUUCUGUACUGUAAAUUUAACCAUUGAAUGCAAAAAUUGUUUUUGUCCUCUUAGUGUACACUGUACUCCUUCACCUGAAAGACAAACAACAGAAUCCUGGUGAUUUCUUCAUGAUGAUCAGGUCCAUGCCCAUAGCACUGUCACUUUACAUCCAGGUGAGCAAUAUCCUCUGGGAUAUGUUUUGGGCCCUAAUGUUCCACAGUAUAGAAUUUCGUACAAAUCCUGCAGCACUAUCCUCUUGCAUCAGUUUGGGAACCGCUGUACCUGCCUAACCCUUGAACAAAACUUUGUUUUAUGUCAAUCAAAGACCAGAGUUGAUUUAAUUUGUCUGUGUUAACCUAAGACAUAAUAUUAAUAUUUGUAAAGAUUGAUGGUAUCACUAAAGCCUCACAUUUUUAAAUGCAUUUUUUAACAUUAGCUGUCUGUUUAUUUAUACAAAUAUAUUUAGAGAGACAUUUUUGUUUUUUCUCUUCUAUUUUGCAGUAUUGCAGACAACAAAACCUAAAAAUUGUUGAAGAUUUGUACUAUCAGGAGGACAACUCUUCAGACGAAGGAAACUGUAAAGUAACCCGCAGUUAUCUUCUUGAUGUAAGAUGGGCUGAAUUUUUUUUAGGAUGCUUCAAUAAUACUAACUUGUGCCUUUUUUUUCUUUUGAAAUUUAAUUUCGUUAAAUGUUUCUGUUCAGUCUGAAAAUCACACCAGUCUCCUACAUCCAUUCCGUUGUGCUCUGGUGGUGAACCAGGAGGUAGCUUUCCUUAUAGUUGUAUUAUUAUCUAGUUGUGUUCUCAUGAAAAAACAAAAAUCGUCUUUGGGACUAACCUUUUAGUUCUCCAUUUCGUCCAUUCUACUGUGUUCAAAAUAUCUUUUUUCUUUCCUCCUUCAUUGAACACAAUGUUACAGGUGUUCAUUUCUUGGGUUCAGAAAAAGAAAGAGAUGUUCAACAUUGACUUAACACUGCCUCACUUACUGUGUCGAUGUCAAACUCCUUGACUUACCUUUAAGAGAGGUUUUACAGUGAUCCCUCGUUUAUUACAGCUUCACUUUUUUUCUGUCUCACUACAUCAAAGAUUUUGUACUUGUAUACAUCUAUUUUGUUACAGCACAUUUUUUUACUAUAUUAUGGGAUUUUGCUGUAUUUAAGUAUUUUUAUAUUUGUUACAUAAAUAAUUUUUGCUGUAAAAUAAGCAUUUUCUAGAUUAAACAUUAAUAUAUAAAAAAAUGAAUUAAAAAAUAUUAAAAGAAUAUUUAAUUGAAAUAAAGCACGUAGCACAAAAGCAACAAACUAGAGCACUGUGAACUGUAUCUUGGUCGGUGUGGGGGAGAGUUUACAACUAGAGCACUGUGAACUGUAUCUUGGUCGGUGUGGGGGGGAGUUUACAACUAGAGCACUGUGAACUGUAUCUUGGUCGGUGUGGGGGAGAGUUGACAACUAGAGCACUGUGAACUGUAUCUUGGUCGGUGUGGGGGAGAGUUUACAACUAGAGCACUGUGAACUGUAUCUUGGUCGGUGUGGGGGAGAGUUGACAACUAGAGCACUGUGAACUGUAUCUUGGUGGGUGUGGGGGAGAGUUUACAACUAGAGCACUGUGAACUGUAUCUUGGUGGGUGUGGGGGAGAGUUUACAACUAGAGCACUGUGAACUGUAUCUUGGUGGGUGUGGGGGAGAGUUUACAACUAGAGCACUGUGAACUGUAUCUUGGUUGGUGUGGGGGAGAGUUUACAACUAGAGCACUGUGAACUGUAUCUUGGUGGGUGUGGGGGAGAGUUUACAACUAGAGCACUGUGAACUGUAUCUUGGUGGGUGUGGUGGAGAGUUUACAACUAGAGCACUGUGAACUGUAUCUUGGUCGGUGUGGGGAGAGUUUAUAAAGCCUUGAAAUAAAUCAAAUAUAAGAUUGCUCCUUGGAGGAUUUCGGCCAUGAGGGAUGGGUGUUUGGAACCUAACCCCUGUGUUAGAUGAGUGAUCACAGUCUAUUGAUUUCCCUUAUUUUAUCUAUCGAAUGAGUGGAUCUGACUAUAAAUAUUUCUGGGUCUCAUGUAUGUACCAUCAAUUAUUGUGCGUCAAAUUUUUCCUUGGUCGGUAAAGUGAAACUUACUGAAGCUGAUUGGAUCUACAUGUGUACGUACUGCUUCUUACCAAGAAAUGAGUCUGCCAGUCUUUUUUUGUUGUAUCUCUGCAUCUCCUUACAAAUUACAAUAUUUCCACUCAGCAUGUGGAAGAGAGAGUCAAGCUGCUGGAAGAUGCCAUGAACUGUUUCCACAGAUGUAAAAAUGAUUUUGCCAGCAAGGUAACUCACAUGAAAUAAACUUGAAGGAAUAUUUUUUUUAUCAAUAACUUUAGAACUAAAUUUUUUGCCAUGGUAAACAUUAGCAAGAUGAAAUUCAGCAUAUUUAUUAGUCAUGCAAUAUUUACUGUAUCACUUUAACACUUGAAAGAAUGUAAAAUUUAAAAAAUAUAUAUUUUUUUAUGAAAUGAGUUUGUAAAAAAAAAAAAAAUUUCAUUAAUUAAAGGGAAUAUUUUAUGAAAAAUCCCAAUAAAAACAAAUGUGACCUUUAACCCCAGCAAACAGAUGAGCAGAUCAGACUGCUGCGUCACCAGAGAAAACUGGAGGAUGAGACAGGUCACACCUACGCUGACCUCUCCCUGCAGAAAACCCUGUACAAGCUGACCAUAGAUGGCAAUCACCAGUAUGUGGAGAAACUGAGGAAAGAGUUUAAAGUUCCAGACAGAAGGUGAGCCCAGUAAUGACACCGGGGAGGGCAUCAAUUUAGGAUAGAAGGUGUUUUCUGUUGUACCAAGCCAACAACAUGUUAAACAUGAAGUAAAAAACUUACAAAUCUUUAUCUUCUGCUAACUAUGCUCAAACUGGCUAACUAAAGUGAAUAAAAAUUGUUACAAAUCAUACUGUUGAAAGCUGUUUGAUAUAAAUAAUUUUGGUUUAACUUUUUAUAAUAGAUUUAUAAAUGUCUACCUCUAGCUUUUAGUUUCAUGGUUUUUUUUUAUUUUUAAAGAUUUUUCUUUAUAGAUAUUUUUUUAUAGAUAUUUUUUAUAGAUAUUUUUAUCGAUAUUUUUUAUAGAUUUUUGUAUAGAUAUUUUUUAUAGAUAUUUUUUAUAGAUUAUUUUUAUAGAUUAUUUUUUAUAGAUUUAAAAGAUAUUUUUAUAGAUUUUUUUUAAUAGAUAUUUUUUAAUAGAUAUUUUUAAUGAAUUUUUUUUAUAGAUAUAAUGUAGCCUAGAAACGGAAUGCAAAAGAAGUUGUUUAUAUUUGGAUUUCCUUGUUUAGAAAUCGGUUCAGGUAGAUUGUGAUAGCAACAGGCUGAGCCAUUAUUGAAUAUAAAUUCAAUUUUUAUAAAAAAACUAUACAGGUUUUGGAUCAUGAAAAUUUAUGCUCUGGCCGAAGUCCAAGAAUGGGGAGAAAUGGAAAAGUUAUCAAAAACAAAGAAAGCCCCAGUUGGCAUUGAGGUGAAGAAACAUACCACACAACGCGGUGCAAUUCAGCCAAGUCAGUCAAGUUGACGGGGUUGUUUGCACCUGAUUCGUUGGACUUGAUUAGUAUUUUUAAACGAUUUCUAAUUGAAAUUUUAAUUAAAAUUAUUCUACAACAGAGAGACCUUAGUUCCACCGGAAAUGAGAUGAUGGGGGAGGGGGGGAGAAUGAGCCUAUCAUUAAUCUGUAAAGUAAGAUUUUAGUUAGGUAUCAAACAUUAAAUUUUGUCAUGUCAGAAAGUUAAAUUGAGUAGGGUGGGCCCUGAGUUAAAAAACACAAUGUGGAAUAGGGUGGGCCCUGAGUUAGAAAACAAAUUAUCGAAUAGGGUGGGGCCCUGAGUUAGAAAACACAAUUAAGAAUAGGGUGGGCCCUGAGUUAGAAAACACAAUGUGGAAUAGGGUGGGCCCUGAGUUAGAAAACACAAUGUAGAGUAGGGUGGGCCCUGAGUUAGAAAACAAAUUAUCGAAUAGGGUGGGGCCCUGAGUUAGAAAACACAAUGAAGAAUAGGGUGGGCCCUGAGUUAGAAAACACAAUGAGGAAUAGGGUGGGCCCUGCGUUAGAAAACACAAUUAAGAAAUGUGGAAUAGGGUGGGCCCUGAGUUAGAAAACACAAUGUAGAGUAGGGUGGGCCCUGAGUUAGAAAACAAAUUAUCGAAUAGGGUGGGGCCCUGAGUUAGAAAACACAAUGUAGAAUAGGGUGGGCCCUGAGUUAGAAAACACAAUGUGGAAUAGGGUGGGCCCUGCGUUAGAAAACACAAUUAAGAAUAGAGUGGACGGUGAGUUAGAUAACACAAUGUAGAUCAGGGUUGGCCCUGAGUUUGAAAACACAAUGUAGAAUAGAGUGGACAAUGAGUUAGAAAAAACAAUGUAGAAUAGGGUGGGCAAUGAUUUUAGAGAGUAACCAGAUCAUGAAAGCACUGUCCAAAAUUUGCCAAAUCUUUCAGAUGUUCAUUGAUGCCUGUAUGAAAGAGAGAAAUGUGGGAGAGGCCAGGAAAUAUCUCCCACGAGUCCCACCAGAGUUGAAGGUCAAGUGCUUGAUACGUCUUCGGUAAGUCUAUGAUGACAUCAGCUGUUCCUACACAGUAAACUCCGCUGAAACAGAAAGUUUAUCCUGCAUCGCAUAUCCAUCAAAUCCAGGGGCAGGGUGGAUGGAGUUUGAUCCCUUUUAACUGGACAUCCUUUGCAAAACGCUCAGACGAUUUGAUUAGUUUUCUCUGGUGUUUUUUUUAACUAGUUGAGUUUGAAGCUGAUUAGAAAGAACUCAGUUUAAAACAAUAUUUCAAAAGGGCUUCCAGUUUUCAGUGUUGAUGUAUUUCUUAUUUUAAACUCUAAAUACCAUUGAUUAAAAGGAAAAAAAAAUAUUUUAAAUGUUGAGAAGACGCAUGAUUUAAGGACUUGCAUGCGUGACAUGAAUAAAAUGUCCAAUCAUUGGAUGCUCUGGGUUCAUGUGUUUUUACACUAGAGCUUUCCCCGCUGCCUGAAAAAAAAAGGAUAUUUUCUUUUUCCUCUUUUUUUCUCCAGCAUGUUCCGAGAGGCUGCAGAGGCCGCCCUGGAAAACAAGAGUGAAGAUGACUUCGAGUACGUGCUGUCCAGGCUGGGGCUGGCGGACAGGCAGGUGGCGGAACAGAUACGGGGCAUGAGGGGACAGUUUGGUGCAAGGAAAUAAAUUAGGUCAUAGGAGAUGAUCGUGAAUGACAGUUGCAAUGUGAAGAUGGAUGGAUAACAAAUUGAACCCGAACAAAGCUGAGGCUGAUCCUGAUGCUGAGGGUGAUGCUGUGGCUGAUGCUUAUCUGUUGUGUGUCUGAGAAAGAUAUGAGUGAACACUAGUUUCUGAAUGACUAUAGCCUCUGUCAACUUUGACCUUUGCUCUUUGACAUAUUCCUCCCAUCCCCCCCCCACCCAAACACUGUAAAUAACUAUCAGAGAUGAAUGUUGAUUAAAACGAUGCAUUAAAUCACUUAAUGUUUUUUUUAAAACAAAAACUAUGAUUAAAGAUUUGUGUAAACAUUAAAAUAAAACUCCCACGUGUCUGCAUUAUAAAGUCAAAAUGAUUGGAUGUUCUAGCUUCUGAUCAGGUUAAAAAUGCAAGCUUAAUUUAUUUUCUGUUGAUAUCUGCCCCAUAACUAUGUGAAUAACUGGAGGGGGUGGAAUGAUGGCAUACUCCAUCACCUAGCAACUAAUUUUUAAAAAAAAAUUUGCUCUCCAAAAAUUCAUUAUCAUCACCAGGGCCAUUGUUGUUGUUAUGGGAGUUCAUUGGUAGCCGACUUCUAUGCUAAAGAGAAAUUCUUUAGAUGUCUUGUGUCAUGUCACAGCACGGCUUCAUGUCACAGGCUGGUGUCAUGUCACGGCCUGGUGUCAUGUCACAGACUGGUGUCAUGUCACAGCACAGUGUCAUAUCACAGGCUGGUUAGAAUGAUAGGUUUCUGUCUGUGAUAGGUUAUGGUGUAUGAUAACUUCAUGUAUGUAUGUUAUACAUUGGCUGCUGCUCAUCGUGCAUCCAAUUAUUAUUUGUUUCAUGUUGUAUAUUGAUGCAAGAAUAAGGCUUGCGAAGAAAUUAUCCUUCAUUGUUAUUUAAUUUUAAUAAUAAAGAAAUGUGU